UUACUUUGACAUCGAUUCAUCAAGUGAGACACAAUGCCGGUUGAUUCAAGAAGACUGCAAGGACCUGAAACCUCUUUCUGUUACACACUAUUGGAAAAGAAAAAUGCCAACGAAGUGGAGUUCGCCUUGUCAGCAGAUUUACAGAAAAUUUUGAUUGGUACCAACAAAGUUCGUAAAGACAAACGGAUGCCCACUGAUGCAAGACAACUAUUUUUGAAGACAGGAAUUAUCAGUCAGGCUAAAGGAUCUGCAUACAUAGAGCAAGGUAACACAAAAUUGGUUUGUGGUGUGUAUGGUCCGCGUGAAGUACAGAAGAAAUCCGACUUCAGUCUUAAUGGCCAGCUCUUCUGUGAAUUCAAAUUUGCCCCAUUUUCGUGCCAAAAGAGACGUGGACAUCAACAAGACAAUGAAGAGCUUGUGUUGAGUGGAUUACUCAGAGAAGCUUUGGAAGCAGCAGUUUGUCUUCAUAAAUUCCCCAAAGCCCAAGUUGAAGUUAAUGUUAUGGUCAUUGAAAAUGAUGGCUCACCUCUAGCAGCUGCUCUAACUUGUGCAAGUCUAGCUCUAGCAAGUGCCAGCAUUCCCAUGUAUGAUUUGGUGAUUGGAACAUCAGUGAGACAAAUACCCAAGCUCUUCUUGCUUGAUCCGACCAAAGAUGAAGAAUGGCAACCAGAGCUUAAUCAUGAUGAAAACAACUCAAACCUCACUGUUGGUUUUAUGCCAUCAACUCAUCAGGUAGCUGCCUAUGUACAUGAAGGUGUAUCAAAGACAGAGGAUCUUGAACAGAUGCUCAAACUUGCCACUGAGUAUUGCUUAAAAGUUCAACCUGUUGUUCAACUUUGCUUAAAAGAAACUGUAGAGAAGAUAUUAUCUAAUGAAGGGGAAAAAGUUGAUGAAUGAUUUCUCAACUUAAUAUACUAUUGAUUAAUUUCAA